CAGACUGCCCUCAAUCCAGAACGGUUCUUCUGCUCAAAGAUCAAAAGAACCGGAAAAUGAACUCAACGAUCUGGAUUGUGGAUAGUUUUGAAGAAGCUCUUGCCAAAAACAUUGUGAUUGUUAGUCUUGGUUUUAUCAUUAAUUUCAUCAACGGAAUGUUAGUAGUGACCUUUUUUUCUAAUCUAAUGUUUACAAGAGACUCCAGAUACAUUUUAUACAUUCACCUGGUAAUCAAUGACAUGCUCAUGAUAUGUAUAUCAGUAACUUUAUAUGUGUUGACCUACACUUCACUUGUUAAUGUUUCGUUGUGUUGCAUAUUGAUUGCUCUUGGUUCAACCACCUUUAUGAUCACUCCUUUGAAUCUGGCUGGUAUGGCCAUAGAACGGUUCAUUGCUAUCUGUAAACCACUGCAUCACUCUCAGAUUUGCACUCCACAAAGAACCUACAUCUUUAUAUGCUUGCUAUGGGUUUUAGGAGCUAUACCUUCUCUGGCAGAUAUCAUUAUUUUAUUUUCAAUCCAGCCCAUAUCUUUCUUCAGGUCUGUUGUACUUUGCUACCCAUUCAAUUUGUUCCCUUCCAAAGCCCACAAGGAUCGCACCACUGCUUCACAAAUUAUCUAUAUGUCUUUGGUGUGGAUAAUUCUCAUUUACACUUAUUGCAGAGUCAUGUUCACUGCUAGAAAGGCGGCUUCAAAGGGUUCAGCAAAAAAGGCUCGGAGUACGAUAUUGUUGCAUGGCGUCCAGUUACUUCUUUGUAUGCUUUCCUAUGUCACCCCUGUUUUGGAUAUGAUUGUCACUCCUUUCUUUCCUUUUCACAGAACUAAGAUCACUUUCUUUAAUUAUCUAAUCACAAAUAUUAUGCCUAGAUUACUGAGCCCAUUGAUUUAUGGGGUGCGAGACCAAAAGUUUAUGAAACAAAUGAAGGAAUACUUUACAUGCAGAGUUAUUAUUGUAAAAAUUGUGCCAUCAAAAUUAUUAAUUGUUACAGUCCUGCUAGCAGUGUCCCUGACUGCUUACACUCUUGGCUUUGGAGGAAGCCUGGUGCUGAGCCUGAGAUCCCUGAGUGCCUUGCUGGAGUACUUACAAGUUCCUGUCUGGCUACUGCUACUUCCAGUCAUCUUGCUAGUUACAAGUGCUGCUCGGCUAGUUGCUACGGCAGUCAUUGUGUCUCAUCCCUGCCUAUUGGACUGUUCACCUCUCCCACCACGUUCUGUCAUCUGUCUGCUGUUUGUCAAUAAACCUGUUAACACUCGUUCUGCAUUUGAGUCCUCCUUCAUAGACCCGUGA